AUGCACGAGAGACUUCUUCCAGCCUCUCCUAACUGGUACUGCUCGCGGUCCAGCGACACGAAUAGAAAUGGUAUAUUUGGGUUCGGUGCUAAAAACACAGUAUAUUUGAUCGACGUCACCGGCUCAUCGCCUGCGGUUGUGGGCGAGCUUAAUGGUCACAGAGAAAGAGUGUCCGGGUUCGCCUUCUGCCCCCAUCCCGGACAGGACAAUCUAUGCGCGACCACCUCUGAUGACGGGACGGUGAGAAUCUGGGACGUCAAUGAAAAGGUCGUCCUGAAAGAGCACAGAUCUCACCAGGGCACGAUCUCGGCCCUGCACUGGUCUCCGGUGGAGAAAGACCUGGUUGUAUCGGGCGAUGAGAAGGGAAUCGUGGCUUGCUACUGGUACAACCGGGACGACACGCAGACCUUCUUUCCUGAGCCAAGAAACAUCUUCUGCCUGUCCUGCUCCCCUCAUAAUGGAAACCACAUCGCUGUAGGGUACAAAGAUGGGAUGAUCGUGGUGAUCGACAUCAGCAGGAAGAACGAGGUGAUCCAUCGUCUGCGGGGGCAUGACGACGAGAUCCACGCCCUGGCAUGGUGCCCGCAGCCCAAAGAGGAGCCCCUGUUCUGCCGAACAGAGGAGACCCCAGAGGUGACCAAUGGAGUGACAGAGGAACAGGAUAAAGGCUGUUACCUCGCCUCGGGAAGCAAGGACCAGACGGUGCGAAUAUGGAGCACAGCCAGAGGCAAAGGUGUGAUGACCCUGAAGCUGCCCUUCCUGAAGAGAAGAGGGACGGGGGUGGACCCCACUGUGAAGGAGAGGCUCUGGCUGACUGUGCACUGGCCCCGGGGGCGGCCUACGCAGGUCCUGUCCAGCUGCUUCGGGGGCGAGCUGAUUCUGUGGGACCUCACCAAAGCGGGGAAGCCGAAGUGGAGCCUGCUGGGCUCCUCCUCGGACGGGCAGAACCACAGCCGGAUCGUCUUCAACAUGAGCUCGGUGUGCCUGGGCGAGGGCCGCGAGCUGCUCGUCAGCACGUCCAUGGACCGGGAGAUUAAGUGCUGGGACCUGUCCUCCUUGGAGUGCUGCUGGACCCUGCCCACCCUGGGGGGGUUUGUGUACACCCUGUCCUUCUCCCCCGUGGGGACGGGGUGCCUGGCCCUGGGGGUCGGGGACAGCAUGAUCCGAGUCUGGAGCACCCUGUCCGUCCAAAACCGCUACGAGACCAGAACCUUCUGGCAGGGCAUCAAGUCCAAAGUCACUGCGUUGUCCUGGCACCCAACAAAAGAAGGGUCCUUGGCAUUCGGGACAGAUGACGGCAAAGUUGGGAUCUAUGAAGCCUACUCCAAUAAGCCUCCUCAGGUAUCAAGCACUUAUCACCGAAAGACGGUCUACACCUUGGCCUGGGGCCCCCCGGUCCCCCCCAUGUCUUUUGGGGGAGGAGACAAGCCCUCAAUAAGCCUGUACAGCUGUGCUGGGGAGGGGGUCAUUUUUCAGCACGACCCCUGGAAGCUGGCGGGGGAGGCCACAGACAUCGACAAGGUCAUCCGAGACACCAACAACAUUAAGCACAAGCUGUCACCUCACACAGAUUUCUCCUGGAAACCAGAUGGUAAAGUGCUAGCCAUCGGGAAUGAAGAUGGGUCUAUAGAGGUGUACCAGGCCCCAGACCUGCGGCUGCUCUGCACCAUCCAGCAGCACCACAAGAUCAUCAACGUCCUGCGCUGGCACCACCCGCACGCCAGCCGGCCCGAGCUCGGCCACCUGCUGGCCUCCGGGUCCAGCAACGCCGUCGUCUACGUGCACAACCUCAGGAGCGUCGUAGAGUCCCCGCCGGAGAGUCCCGUUCAGAUCACCGAAGCGUUCCGGAGCCUGGUGGGGCACACCGCCAAAAUCACCUGCCUGGCCUGGAGCCCGCACCAUGAUGGACGUCUGGUCACCGUCGGCUACGACGGCACCGCCCAGGUGUGGGACGUCCUGUCGGAGGAGGCCCUGUGUAACUACAGGGGGCACAGGGGGCGCCUGCUCAGUGUGCAGUGGUCUCCGGUCGACCCCGACGUGGUCUGGACGGGGGGGGACGACUUCACCGUGCAGGAGUGGUCCGUGCCCAAGCAGGAGCACACCAAACCCCCCCGGGGAAAGAAGGGCGUGGAGCUGGAGAAGAAAAGAGCGCAGCAGCAGAAAGCGUACGCCAAGAAGAAGAAGAAGGAGAAGGCCGCUGUGAAGGGCGGGGCCAGGGGUGCGGAGGACAAGCCCCUGAACGGAGAGGAGAGGGGUGGAGAGAGGGAGGGGAACCACGCCAGGCCCGGAGAGGGCGUGUCCGACGAGGAUGAGGAGGAGAGAGUCAGCACUCCUUCGCCCACAGUUUGGUCAAGAGAAGCAGGUCGGCCGACGGACAGGACCGCGGCAGAUAAAGUGCAAAAUGGCGGGAAGCCCUUUGGAAAUGAAGGAAAGAAAGAGACGAGAGAAGAGAAACGGAGAGAGAAACCAGAAAUUCUCGGGAAGAAGAAGAAAGCUCGAUCCAUCCUUCCACUCAGUACCUCCAUGGAUCAUCGAUCCAAGGAGGACCAGCAGCAGGACUGCCUCACCCUGGCUGCAGUCAGGUACUCUGAGGGACCGAGUCAGUGUGUACCCGGGGCCGGAGACCACAUCCAGCUGGGGCUGUUCACGGACAGGGAAGCGCUCUACAGGAUGUUCCAGGAAGAGGGACAGAGCCACACGGAUGGAGGGCACUAUGACUCGGCUGUGUACCUGUUGCUAUGGAAAGGUGACAUCACAGGCGCUCUGAAAAUGGCCACUGAGAAGGGGGAGCUGAGCGACCACCUGGUCUCUAUUGCACCAAUGGCGGGGUACAGCGUGUGGCUGAGGACGGUGGAGGCCUUCGUCAAACAGCUCUGCUUUCAGGAGCAGUUCCUCAAAGCCGCGUCCCACCUGCUGUCCGUCAACAAAGUCUACGAGGCCGUCGAGCUUCUCAAGUCCCAGCAGCUCUACAGGGAGGCCAUAGCGCUGGCCAAAGCCAGACUCCAGCCGGAAGACCCCGCCCUCAAGGACCUGUACACCACCUGGGCCGCCGUGCUGGAGAAGGACGGGCAUUACUCCACCGCUGCCAAAUGUUACCUGGCUGCAGACUCUGCCUUCGACGCCGCCAAGGUCAUCGCCAAGAAAGGCGACGUGAUUUCGCUGAAGACCGCCGCCAAGCUGGCCGCCGUGGCGGGAGAGAACGAGCUCUCGCACUCGCUGGCGCUGAGAUGCGCCAGGGAGCUGACGGCGGCCGAGGAUUGGCUGGGGGCUCAGGAGGUGCUGCGGACGCAGGAGAGCCUACUGGGCCAUCGAGUGAUGCUGUGCACUAACGAGCUGCUCGUUAUGAGGCUGCCGGAGUCCUGCGUAACCAAGCGCAGCUGCUCGUCCAAUCACAGCUGGUCCGAGCCGCGCGGGGAGGACUUCCUGUCCGCGGUGAAGAGCGUGUGGCAGACUGAGACGGGCGUCUCCACUGACGACCUGGACAGAGUCCGUUCGAUUCGCCAGCAGCUGAAAGCGAUGGACACGCCCCCUGCGGCUCCCAACAUCUCCACCAAUCAGCUGCUGUACCAGGUGUCGCUGGACAUUACGAUGGGCCUGUUGAGCUGCACUCUGGGAGAAUGGGGGGCGGGGUUAGAGGAGCUGCUAGGGGGCGUGGCUCGCUGCAGUGGGGUGGGGCACUUUCGCCUGCUCUCAGAGAUCUGCAGUCUGCUGUUUCCUGAAGGUGCUGACUCCAUCGCACGGUACAGGGAGAGGCUGGAGCCCCUGGAUGAGGCCGGCCUGGCCGCUGUCAGAGGCCUGGAGGCCUGGGUGUCCUACGUGCGGCUGUACCAGCUGUGGUGGAGCGGCGCUGCCGAUGGCGGAGGUGGCGGUCAGGCAGCGGGAAGCGGUGCCGGCGACGCGCUCCAGUCAGACGACGUCACGGAGACCCAGAAUCCCUCAGCCGGCCGUGAGCCAGAUGCGCAGGAUGUCAUGGAGACCCAGAAUCCCUCAGCCGGCCGUGAGCCAGAUGCGCAGGAUGUCAUGGAGACCCAGAAUCCUUCAGACUCGCAGGUCGCCGUGGAGACCCAGAAUCCCUCAGACGGACACGAGCCGGACACGCAGGUCAUCACGGAGACCCAGAAUCCCUCGGACUCGCAGGUCGCCGCGGAAACGGCGGCGGUUCUGGGCGGGUUCUGCCGGGCCCUGCUGUCCGACGCGCACGCUGCCCUCCAGGCCACACAGAGCGCUGUGGCGCAGAUCCAGCAGCAGAUAGCCAGCCUGGUGCAGCUGCACAGACUGACACAGACCUCCGCAGGCCCAGCGGAGGGACAGACGGACACGGACAGCACCACGGAUCCUGACCACAGGGAUGCAAACGGCUCCCUGCCCUCCCUGAUUGCCCUGGUGUCUGAACGCCACAAGGAACUGGCCGAAAUUCCUGAACACAUAAAGAAAUACUCUUUCCCGGACGUCCUGGAGUGUUGUCUCGUCCUCCUGCACAUGGACAGGAGCUGUACUCGCGUUUCGAAGCACCUGAAGGAGGAAGCCUUGCGUCUGCUGCAGAAACACGGGCCCCCGAGCAUCCAUCGCAAAGCCUGUCAGAGAUUCCUUAAUUAACGGGGACAGACUUUCACAUCAAACUAUGAAGUCAGACUGGACUUUUUUUUUUUUCUUUUUUAAACACUUCGCUCUGACAGCAAGUGUGUAUAUGUAAUAAAACCUUUUCAUUCAUUAA